UACUUUAACUGAUAUACCCACAUUGGACACAGGAUGGCAGUGUUUUCCUGUAUUUCCCGUUCGCUUGCAAGCCAAUGACAAGACGAAGAAGACACAAUAAUAAAAAUCAAGUGAGGACGGAGGGACAUAACAAACACUGCCUGGCUGCUUGUGGUGGAGAACUGAUCGUGUUUUUUGUUUUUAAAAUAACGACGCCAUGGAGGUCGUAGUCGACCUCCUCAACAUACUCCACAUGCAGCCCAGUGGAGUAUCUGUGGCGCUCGGCCUCCUCUUCCUGGCUCUUCUAUACUGGUAUUCCAUCUACCCUUUUUCAGUCCUUGCUCGAUGUGGAAUCAAACAUCCAAAGACAGUUCCUUUUUUUGGAAACUUAUUCCUGUUUCGUCAGGGUUUUUUCCAUCCUCUGUCUGACCUCAUAAAGACGUAUGGCAGAGUUUGUGGAUACUAUUUGGGAAGGAGAGCAGUGGUGGUGGUAGCAGACCCUGACAUUCUCAGACAAGUGAUGGUGAGGGAGUUCAGCAGUUUUCCAAACCGAGGGACUAUUCGCUUUGCCAGCAAACCCAUGAGCGAUUGUCUGCUCAUGUUGAGGAAUGAACAGUGGAAGAGAGUUCGGAGUAUCCUGACCCCGUCCUUCAGUGCUGCCAAAAUGAAAGAGAUGGUUCCUCUCAUCCAAGCAGCCACGACUGCCCUGAUCGACAACUUAGAUGUCCAUGCUGAAUCAGGGGAGGCCUUUGACAUCCACAGGUGUUUCGGCUGCUUCACUAUGGACGUAAUCGGCAGCGUGGCGUUCGCAACGCAGGUGGACUCUCAGAACAACCCGGACGACCCGUUUGUCCGCCACGCUCAGAUGUUCUUCUCCUUUUCGUUCUUCAGGCCCAUCAUGAUGUUUUUUAUUGCUUUUCCGCACAUCGUGGCUCCUCUGGCGGGACUCAUUCCUAAUAAACGGCGCAGCCAAAUGAAUAACUUCUUCAUCAACAGCAUUCAGAGGAUCAUCAGACAGAGGGAGGAGCAGCCUCCUGAGCAGAGGCGUCGAGACUUCCUUCAGCUCAUGUUGGAUGCACGGGGCAGCAAGGAAUAUGACCCUUUGGAGCACUUUGACACAGUGAGCCCCGAGCAGCAAUCUGUUUCAAGCCCAGAGAAUAGUCUUCACGCUCGGGAUUUGCCCACCCGGCGUCCAUCCAAAAAACUGAUGACAGAAGAUGAGAUUGUCGGCCAAGCUUUCGUCUUCCUGCUGGCGGGCUACGAAACCAGUAGCAACACGCUAGGCUUCACCUGCUACCUCCUGGCACUUCACCCGGAGUGUCAGCGGCAAGUCCAAGAGGAGGUGGAUGACUUCUUUCGCAGACAUGAGUCACCCGACUACACCAAUGUCCAGGAGCUGAAAUAUUUAGAUAUGGUCGUAUGUGAAGCAUUGCGCCUCUAUCCCCCUGCAUUCAGGUUUGCGCGAGACAUUGAGCAGGACUGCAUGGUGAACGGCGUUUUGCUCCCUAAAGGAACUUCAUUGGAGAUCCCUGCUGGCUUCCUUCACUCCGACCCGGAGCACUGGCCCGAGCCCGAGAAAUUCAUCCCUGAGAGAUUCACUCCUGAGGCAAAAGCCAGUAGACACCCAUUUGUAUACCUGCCCUUUGGGGCCGGGCCACGCAACUGUGUGGGCAUGAGGCUCGCCCAGCUGGAGAUCAAGAUGGCUCUGGUUCGUCUUUUCCACAGGUUCACACUCCUAGUGUGCUCUGAAACAAAGGUUCCACUUGAGUUGAAGUCGUCGAGCACCCUCGGACCCAAAAAUGGCAUUUUUGUCAAGAUCACAAGAAGAGACAAGGGUGAAAUCUGAGUCUAAUGUCUUGCUCCAACCAAGAGUAAAUGAAGCACUCCUGGACCAUCAAUACAUUGUCUAACUGUACUUAAAAUGAGCCCCGACAGGGUAACUUCACAUGAUUGAUGUGUGGUUAAGUAGGUACUUUGAUGAUACCAAAAUAGUCACAACAGUGCAUGAUAUGCUGCUACACCUAGAAAAUGAUACAACACAAGUCGUGUUUGUAUUGUUCUGCACAUGUUCUUAACAAUGUCCAUAAGAAUAUAUUGGCAACAUCAUUGUAGGAGGAGGAAAUGGUUUCUAUCCUAAACCUGCAUUGGCAAUGUCAGCUAAUUCACAAUCACUACACAGUACUCUGACACAAAAGUAGGAUUUUGGUACAUUUUCCAUUCCUUUUCCUCCUUUACAUUAUCAUCUGCUCACUCAGAGCGUUCUAUGCUGUUGCUUUUAUAUAAAAAGGACAAAAAUUAACCCAAGAUGCACUGAGGAUAGAUUUGCACUUUUUUUUUUCACAAGAUCAAAAAGUUGUAAUGCACGAUUUUAACUAAUGACUGCAAAGGGAUUCUGCACUUAGUGUGGUGCGUAAAUGUGUGAUUUCACUCAUGAUUCAAAUGCUAUAGAAUAAAAAUGAAGUGAGUUUUAUGUCACUCUGUUUAACAUUUUUAAUUCGAAGUUUACAUGGCUACACGGUGAUAAUUAAACAUCAACAGCGUUCUUGCUGUUAUGCAGGAUGAAAACCAAACAUGUUUGGGCAAAAUUGCACACAUGUACCUGGUAAUCUGAUAUUUGAACUCAUCAGACUGCAGCUGAAAAUCAGCAGAUGCAAGUAGUUUUCAUGUUGAGUGUUUUCUACUCCAUCUCACCAAAACAUUUGGAAGACAAGAUCUUUGUAACCUCAUGAUAUCCAUGACUGUACAUACUUGACUUAAAGUUGCAUUCGUCCUAGAAUAAUGAAAAAAGAUGUUCUUAGGAAACACCUGGUUAACUUGUAAUGUUUACAGUACAGGGAAAACAAGAAAAUAGAACUUGCAUUUAAUCGACAUAUGACAGCAGCAUUUUGGUUACAUUCACAUUCCAGGAUUUUAUGUCCAAUUCGGAUUUUUUUGUUCACUUUACUUGUCAUUGUGAACGCAAAGUGUCCAGUAAGUGACGCGCCUGCGUAAAAGCACGUCACACGCAUUGCCUUGUGUUUACCGAAGUAAUUUGUGCUCUCCUUGUCCACCUCUGGGUGGAUGUCGGAGUUAGGAGUGGUGGAACAUUGCCGUCAGCCGCUUCAGACACGUUUAAAAAAAAAAAAAAAAAAAAAUUGGGAUGAUAAGUUUUGCCAACAUCGGUGAGUAGUGUAUCUUUACCCAAGUCUCUCACGGCAAAACAUGGCUUUCUGUGACAUAGGUUGGACAGUCGUCCUUCGUUUAUCGCAAAUUUGGAUUCAAUAUUAAUAAAAAAAAACAAAAACCUGUUUAUAACUUUCUAUAAUAUCUUAAGUAUUAUUAGAGGCCUGUUUCCAUGAAAUAACACCCCUCUAGUUACCUUUACACUCCUAUUAUUUGUUUACAUCACAUUGCACAGGCUAUGUCAUGGGUGAGCUAACUGUGGCCUGCGGGCCAUAACGGGCCCACCAAGUGUCUUAAACUGGCCCACCGGGGUAUUUCCACAUUCCUUUUUUAAACCUUAAUCAUGGAAAGUGUAGCCAGCAACAUGACUUGCUGUGCUAUUAUGGCACGCUUGAGUCGCCAAAAUAAUCAGAUGCAAUCUUUAGCUUGUACAAAAAGCCAUCCAAACAACACGUCAACACGCACGAUGCACAAAGUAACCUACCUCCUGCACCAUGUGGGCAUACAAAAAUAUCUAUGCACGAUACCCAUGUAAAAAAAAAAACACCCAUACUGUAUAUUCCUGCCGCAAGGCAUACUGGGUAGCUUGUGGUACUCUUCCUCCCAACAUUUUGCCGUUUGUGUCGCAUUUUUGCUAGGUUGCAGAAUAUGUUGAGGAGGCCGUCAGAGAAGUAAACAAGGAGUUAACAUUAGUUGUUGAUUCAAGUGAUGCGUUAACUUGCUGUGGAUGUGUUGUGUUUCCGUUUCUUUGCACCGUGAGCGAGUAUGUCUUUGUUUGAUGCCACCUACAGUAUACACAGAUGGCCCCUAUGCCAAAUUUUUUUAACCCCAUGUGGCCCGCGAGUCAAAAAGUUUUCCCACCCCUGGGUUAUGGUAUCAUUGAAGGGCCAUAAAAGACGGCCGCUGCUAGCAUAGCAAGCUACCGAGCUGACUAGUAGGCCUCUCCAAGUUACUUAUUCUAAACUUAUGGAAGUGUUUCAAACGGAGUGUGGAAGAAGGGCAAAGUAAGAAGCCGAAAAACUUACCACCUCCCCACGAAAAGGGAGGAUAUUUUUUCACUCUAUCAUGUCGCACAUGCCAGGCUGACUACAUGCGGUAUGAAGGCUCGAUUGGAUUUUGCAUGUUCUCCCCAUGUGGGCAUGGGUUUUCUCCGGGUACUCCGGUUUGCUCCCACAUUCCAAAAACAUGCAUGUUAGGUUAGCUGGAGACUCUAAAUUGUCCAUAGGUAUGAAUGUGAGUGUGAAUGGUUGUUUGUCUAUAUGUGCCCUGCAAUUGGCUGGCGACCAGUCCAGGGUGUACCCCGCUUCUCGCCCCAAGCCAGCUGGGAUAGGCUCCUGCAUAUCCCCGUGACCCUAAUUAGAAUAAGAGGCAUAGAGAAAAGAUGGAUGCAUUGUAAAACAUGAUUAAAAUGUUAUAAGAGUCAGUUUGCAGGUGAAAAAAGUCAUUUAACAAUGAACCAGAAAGUUUUAUGCUUUUUUUUUUUUUGACGAGGACGGGGACUUUGCACAUAUGUAGUAACAUUGGAAUUGGCAGUGGAGCCUAUGGAAGCCCGUUUCCGCCACUGAAAGAAAAAAAAAAUCUCAAUGGUAACUCAUAAUUAUGAGAUAAAAAGUCAAAAUUAUGAGAUAAGAAAAUCAUAUGUAGGAGAUACAAACUACAAGCGCAGUUUGUAUCUCAUAACUUUGACCUUUUAUCUUUUAACUGUCAAUUUUGACCUUUUAUCUCUUAAUUAUGACUUAUAUUGAAAUUUCGACAUUUUAUCUCAGAAUUUUGAGUUUUUAUCUCAUAAUUAUCUUAUAGUUAUGACAUUUUAUCUUAUUAUUUUGACUUUUUAUUUCAGGCUGUAAUUCUGAUCGGGAUAUUUUUUUUCUUUCAUUGGCGAAACGGGCUUGCAUAGGAGCCUUUCAAGUGGAAUACCUUAAUUGCGUAGAGGUUCCACUGUAGCUAAGUUUAUCCGUAUUUAUUAUGUAUUGUCGUUUUUGCAGUUUUAUCCCGCAGUAAUGUUUGAAGCGCUCCUCUUUAUUUUAAUAUGCAGUUGUAUCUGUUUAUUUUUUUUUUACCACUUUAAUCAUUGAAAUACAUUCUGACACGCAGUUAAGUGACAUCCCACUAUAAUAAAAGUGUGAACCCAUUAUAUUGCA